AUGGACACGACAGAGCAGAAAAUGGAGGUAGACGCGCCUGUUAAGGAGCACACAGAAUUUCGGGAGAGUGAUCAGGACGGCGACAAGAAAAUCACAGCAGCAGCAUCAGUUUCUAGUACAUGCGGUGUUUGUGAGAAGAAUCCUUCGAAAUACAAGUGUCCCAGAUGCUACCUCCCCUACUGCUCAGUGGCAUGCAACAAGAUCCAUCGCGAAAACCACCCUCCCGAUCCUGAACCAACCCAACCAGCGUCGGCGGCAGUACCGUCUGAACUGCUACUGACGACCACCGGUGCCCUUCCAACUAGGCCAGGCGACGACGAUGAUGAUAGCCCGUAUAGCGUUAUCCACCGCUCCGAGAAGCUUCAAUGGCUCUUCCGAAAGUACCCCCGUCUGCCUGAGCAGCUCCUCGAGAUCGAGACGGCCAUGCGGGAACCCACGAGCGAACGAUCUAGAAUACCGGCUUCCUUAUUGAAAGAUCUCCCGCCGCAGAAUAGCGGGUGGGAUCGCGAAAAGGGCAUCGCCCAGGGAAAGAAGGCCCUCCGAAGAGCUAGGGGUGCCGAGGGCGAGGAUGGCGAGGCUAUACGCGAGUACUCGGAGUUGGUGCUGUACCUUAUGGAAGAGGAAAGGCGAGGCAAGAAGGCGUGA